GAUGUUGUUCUACGUUACGCCAGCCCGGAGAAACGGGCGAAGUAUGAAGAUUUUCUAACUAAGAACAUGCUGGAAAGCCAAGAAGGCUUCAGGUGGUGUACAGAGCCAAGUUGUGGCAGCGGCCACAUUCACGAAGGCGGGUACAGCCAGCCCAUCAUGAAGUGUCCCAAUGGACACUUGUCAUGCUACGUCCACAAAGUGCCAUGGCACAAGGGCAUGACUUGCGACGAGUUCGACAUUGUGAAGAAGAACCCGGACAGCCCGGCCUACAAACAACAUCUUCGACAACAGGAGGAGAAUCAGCAAAGCGAGAAGAUAAUUGCGCUUACGUCGAAGCCUUGCCCUUCAUGUGGGCGAAACAUUGAAAAAAAUGGCGGAUGCGCGCACAUGAUAUGCUCCCUGUGCCGCUACGAGUUUUGCUGGCACUGUCGCGAUGCUUGGCAUGGGCAUCAAACCCGUCGACGCUAAGAGCGCUCCCACCACGAAUAUCUCGUUUCUGUUCCUUCUUUUUUUCUUAAACACGAAGUCUCGAAGUUCACUUCGGGUCCCUUUCCCUCUGUUUUCCCGUAUCGACACAGAACAUCUCUUUGCACCAAGCAACCAUGAUCAUCAAUUUAAGCACUGUGCUAAAACAAAACUCGUGUCUCAAUUGAUAGGCUUCAAGUGCUC